UAAGAUAUCUGGGGUCCAUUGGUCGAGCCUGAGCCAGCAUGGCGGCGCCCAUGUAACACGGUUUGUGCCGCGAAAGGGACGGCGGCCGUGGCGCCGGCCCCGCGCGGUCACAAGUCACCAUGCUGAGGACGGCAUGGAGGGCGCUGAGGUCGCUUCGGACCCAGGCAGUGGCCCAGGCCCCAGUCCUUGGGCUGCCGGGCGGAGCGUGUGCCAGGCCUCCCUCCCUCCAGUGGGGCCUUCCCGAUCCUCGCGGUGUCAUCCUCCCGGCCGUUCGCGGAUAUGACACCCAGAAACCACCAGUCCAGCCCAGCCAAGAAGAUGACCCACCCCCUUCCACGCUGCUCAAAGACUACCAGAACAUUCCUGGAAUUGAGAAGUUUGACGAUGUCGUGAGAAGACUCUUGUCUUUAGAAAUGGCAAACCAGAAGGAGAAGCUAAAAAUCAAGCAACAGCAGCUGAUGAACAAGAUUGUGGCAAACCCUGAGGACACCAUCUCCCUGGAGGCUCGAAUUGUUGCCUUGACUGUCAAGAUCCGCAGUUACGAAGAUCACAUGCAGAAACAUCGAAAGGACAAAGCCCACAAGCGCUAUCUGCUGAUGAGCAUCGAUCAGAGGAAAAAGAUGCUCAAAAACCUCCGGAAGACCAACUACAGUGUCUUCGAGAAGAUAUGCAAGGAGCUGGGGAUUGAGUACAUCUCUCCCCCUCUGUACCACCGGAAAGGCCACCGACGCUGGGCAGCCAAGAAGGCCCUGUGCAUUCGGGUCUUCCAGGAGGUACAAAAGCUCAAGAAGCAAAAAAGGGCCUUAAAAGCUAAAGCAGCAGCAGCCCGGAAACAGGGCCAGAAGAACCCAGAGAGCCCUUCCAAAACUGGACCAGAGGCAGUCAAAGAAAACCAAUAAAUUUUAUUUGAGUUCUGUCAAAAAAAAAAAAAAA